AUGAAGAUAACAGUGACAUGCGACUUGACUGGAGCACAGGUGUUUCCAUUGGAAGUAAGCAACGAUAUGGAAAUGGAAAAUUUUUUGGCAUUUUGCAGAUUUGAAAUUCCUGUCCUGAAUGAUGUGUCGAUGUCGCAAUUAAGCAUUAUUCACAAUGGACACACAGAUUGGAAAAUACAUGAAAAUGAUAUAAUUGUGCUGGUAACUGACAAACCGACAACAUCUUCCAAACAACCUCGAUAUUCAAAUGCUUUGAUUGCUGAUUUAGUGAAGUCAAUUAAGGUGCCACAGGACAACAUGCAGCAUCGCGACAAGAAUGAUCUAAAAAAUAAUGAACUUCGUAUGCUUUUUGAUGGACUCAGGAAUAACAUGGAGCAUCGCGAUCGUUUGCGUAAUGUUAUACCGAAUUUAAUUGCUGCAGUUGAACAAAAUAAUUUUGAUAUGUUCAAAACACAGUAUAUUGCUGAACGAGAAAAUGCGUUUACUCGAGAACGAGAAAUGCUUGAUCCAACAAGUGCAGAAGGACAGCGAUUGAUUGCUGAACAGAUUCAACGUGAAAACAUCGACUUUACACAUCAAUUCGCAAUGGAACAUAUGCCCGAAGCUUAUAUACCUGUGACAAUGUUAUACAUUAAAAUGAAAAUAAAUGGGGUUGAAGUAAAAGCAUUUGUGGAUUCAGGAGCACAGGUGUCCAUAUUGUCCGAUUCCAUUGCUCAGCGUUGUAAUUUAAUGCGCUUAGUGGAUAAGAGAUUUCAAGCAACGGUUCAUGGAGUCGGUGGCGCUCAACAAUUAUUAGGAAAAAUACAUGCAUGUCAAGUUCAAAUUGAAGAGCAGUUUUUCCCAUGUAAUUUCGAUGUUCUAGCGAAUCGUGACAUCGAUGUUUUGCUUGGCCUAGAUAUUCUUAAACGACAUCGUUGCGUUAUUGAUUUACAAAACAAUUGUUUGCGAUUCGGUGAAUCAGCAGUUACACAUUUUUUACCGGACUCAGAAGUCCCACAGAGAAAUUUAGAACGAUUCGGGACUGCACAUGCCAGCAGUACGAAUGUGGAAGUAGAUAGCGCAAAAUUGGCUUCGUUGAUGGCACUUGGUUUUGAAGAAGCAGCCGCUCGUGCAAUGCUUAUACAGUGUGGAAAUGAUGUAGAAGCGGCAGCCGCAAAUUUAUUAGCUAGACAGUCAACACUGUAA